GUUACCAAGCAGAGACGUAGAUGAUUGUGUAGUCGUGUAUAGAGCGGGAGGUGUGCACUUCCGGUGUGAGAAUCCAGAACGAGACGUGGAACGCAGAUUAAGCGGAAGGGGGACGGGAAGCUGCUGGUAUUGUAAUCAACAGGAGCAGACUGGAGAGGUGCGGACUUCGUUACUCGUAUUUUAUCCCUCAUGGACCAGGGGUGUGAAUAAGCCGCGGUGAUUGAAAGACCUGUUGGCGGUAAAAGUGCCCUUCUCACACGGAGAGCAGUGCUAGCUGCCUUUCUUCAGCAUGGAUCGCAUUAAUAGUAUGCUUCAAGAAGCACUGCUGCUGCUUUUGUUGAGGAGGAUUAGAAGAAGGAAACAAUUGGAAGAGAAGCGAGCCAAUCAUCAGUACCGGGUACAACGUAUGCUGUCCCAGCAUUCCUCUGCACGAUACUUCACAACCAUGUAUGGCGAGCUGCGCAAGUAUCCCGCCAAGUUCUUCGGUGUCACCCGGAUGUCCAUCGGCACGUUUGAUGACCUUCUUGAACGGCUGCGACCCCGAUUCUCCUGUAUGGACACACAGCUGAGGAUGAGCGUGUCACCCGAACAGCAUCUCCUCGUCACGCUCCGGUUUCUGGCAACAGGGCAAAGUUUUGCCUCUCUCCACCACUAUUUCCUAAUGGAUGUGGGGACAGUGGAAAAGGUAACCCGGCAAACUUGCUUAGCACUGUGGGAAGAGUUGCGUCAUGUCGUGAUGCCUCGGCCAACAGAGGAUAUAUGGGAAGUGUUGGCAGAUGAAUUUUGGGAGAAAACUCAAUUUCCCAACUGCAUUGGAGCCCUUGACCGAAAACACGUUCAGGUAAAAAUGCCACUAAACUCUGGUUCUAAGCAUUGCAAUGACAAGGAACCCCUUUCUAUUGUCCUAUUUGGAUUGGUGGACUCCUACCAUCGUUUUAUAUCUGUUGAUGUGGGAGCCUACGGGAGUGAAGGAGAUUCCGAAAUCUUUGGAGAGUCGGUGAUGGGGCAUCGCCUGUAUGAGGGACAUCUCGGGAUUCCCCUAAGGAGGCCUCUUCCAUUAACAACGGAGCCAAGUCUGCCACUUGUUAUCGUAGCGGAUGAGGCAUUUGGACUUGCAGAGCACUUAAUGCGGCCUUACAGUGGACAUGAACUUGGCCACAAAGAGAAAAUAUUCAACUACCGACUGAGCCGUGCCCGUCAAGUUGCGGAGUGUGCAUUUGGAGGCUGUACUGCUAAGUGGCGUGUUCUUCUUUCCUCCAUACAAUUGGAUGUGGAAAAUGCGAUAAAAGUGGUGCUGGCCUGCUGUGUGCUACACAAUCUUCUAAUUGAAAAGGAGCGUGGUUCCUUUGAACCUACACCCCCACACCCUGCACAGGAUGUUCAGUUUAUGGACUCAUGCUCUUGUUCUGAUGUCAUGAACAUUCGAAAUCAAUUUGCUGAUUUCUUUGUUUCCCCAGAUGGCGAAGUGUCUUGGCAAGAUGAUCAUGUGUAGUUAAAUUCCUCUUAGGAGCUGUUAUUUCUCUACUGUCUUUGUGCUUAAAAAAAUAAAGAUGAUCGUUAUAAAUUUAAGUUUAACCUGACCUUGAAGGUCCCCCCCAGGAGUGUCUUUCUUGGGGACCCCGGGCUCCCCUCCAUUUUUGGAGACUCAGAUGCCCUCCAUUGGUGGAGUUUCUAGGGCUUAACCAUGCUGGAGGAUUUCCAGCUGCAAGCCCAAAAAACUUCUGCUAGUGACUUUUUUUUUUUUUUUUUUUUUUUUUUAGAUGUCUCCAAAUAAGAUUUUUUUUUUUUUUUCAGGCACACUAUGCUGCCUCCCCUUCGGAUUCCUAUACCCUUCCUAAAUCCCUAUGCCGAUCUGCCCCGAGACAGAAGGGCUUAAUCUCAGCACUAUAUAGGAAGUUAGAAAACACACAGAGUCCCAAACAUAAACAUAUGUCCCUUUGGCAAAGGGAAUUAUAUCUGGACUACGAUCUACAGGCCUAGGAGGCUAACUGGCUGAAUUUGCAUAAAUGCACCAAGUUGUUGACAGUAAGAGAAACGGCCAUUAAACUGUUUAUAUGGGGGGAACUAAUGCGCAAACCAACCUAACCCGGGCACUGAGAACUAAACUAAAUCAAUAUAAAUAUUAAGCAGCAGCCACAACUAAGUAGUGCUCACACACUGACAAGAAUUGAAACAAAGGAGGGGGGGGGAGGUUGUAAUGGCGCUUGGCGCGUUAUUAUAUUUUAUGAUUAGUUCAUCUUUAUUGCAACCUUUAUCAAUUCAUACUGAACCCUCCUAUUUUUAGUGGUUUUAUUGACAUUGUUUACACAGAGUAUUAUUCUUUGAUGCACAUUACCACUUAUAUUGUGAUAUUGGAUGUUUUUUUUCACUUAUUUUAUUCACUUUUCAUGCUUUUAUUCACGGUUUUCAUCAAGUUUUAGAAUGAGUGCACCAGCACUGGAUGGUACUCAUAACUAUCUGUGCUAAUUUAUUAUUAUUUAUUAUAACUCUUUUCACCCUCCACAUCAGUUCGUUGGUGGUGGGUGGUUGAUAUUUGAAGUGGAACACAUUUAUUAACAUUAAUAUUCAUAUAAUAUAGUAUCACAUUUAUCAGCAAGCGCCAUUACACCCCCCUUGUUUCAUUAAACUGUUUACCCACUGGUACUAUACCCCCACACGUUUAGGUAGGAUUUUACCACAAGCCUCAUCCUGCUUCCAGGGCUGUGCUCUCCCGGGCUCCUUUUUGCAUGUGUUUUGGGACUGUGUCGCUUUGCAGCUCACUUGGAAGAAGACACUAGAGCUGGUGGUCAAGUUGGUGGGGGUGGCACGUGGAUCUAACAUGUGCCCACUCUCUAUUGUUUCGAGAAGAUCCCAGAUUUACCAAAGCCCUCAUGAGAUUGAUGCACACUAUUUGUAUUGCACUACAUUGGGUGAUUUGCUCUUAAAUGGAAAUCAACUCCAGUUCCAUUCUUGCCUGUGUAUCAGAUAAUGUUAUCCGAGAAAAUAUUUCAUACGAUGCAUGACUCAAUGCCUUCCUAUGAAGCUAAGUGGAACCCUUGGGUUAUUUAUUGUUAGAAUGACCUCAAUUGUUUUCUUUUUAUUUUUGACCUGUCUUGGUCGCUGUUUGGUUCUGUUUUUCAUUUAGAAACUGGACUCGUACCACACCAAGUACCUUGAGUUUGAUUGUGUUUGUUCACAACACUGGUAAUUCAUUGUACAAUAUUGGUCUGAAGUAUAUAUUUUUUUUCUUCAUGUACUGAUUUAUAUUUGAUACCAGUUUGUAUUGUAAACUACCUUUUCCUAAUAAAAACACUUAAGUAUUUAAAAAAUAAAA